CUCCCUUCCUCUCCCAGGCUUGACUAUGGGUUGUGUCAAGAGCAAAGAGGACAAGGGCCCCACGCUGAAGUACCGGCCUGACCCCUCGGUCCCCACCCCCGCCUCUCACAUGGGCCACUACGGGCCCGACCCCACCCAGAUGGGCCAGUCGCCGGCCCUCAAGGGCCCCAUGAACAGCUACAACAGCCACGCCUCUGUCCUCACCCCCUUCGGAGGCUGCUCGUCCUCCACGGUCAUCACACCCUUCGGUGGCGCCUCGUCCUUCUCCGCGGUUGCCGUGAGCAGCCCCUUCCCAGGUGUUGUCACAGGUGGUGUGACAUUCUUUGUGGCCUUAUAUGACUAUGAAGCCAGGACGUCGGAUGACCUUUCUUUUAAGAAAGGCGACCGCUUUCAGAUCAUCAACAACACAGAGGGCGACUGGUGGGAGGCGCGCUCCAUCAACACAGGAAAGAAGGGCUACAUUCCCAGCAACUACGUGGCCCCAGCCGAUUCCAUCCAGGCGGAAGAAUGGUACUUUGGGAAAAUGGGUCGCAAAGACGCCGAGAGACUGCUUCUGGUGCCUGGAAACCAACGAGGCACUUUCCUGGUGCGAGAGAGUGAGACGACUAAAGGAGCGUUCUCCCUGUCCAUACGGGACUGGGACGAGGUGAAGGGGGACAAUGUGAAACACUACAAGAUCCGCAAGCUGGAUAAUGGAGGCUACUACAUCACUACCAGAGCCCAGUUCGAUACACUACAGAAACUCGUCAAGCACUAUACAGAGCAUUCUGAUGGCCUGUGCCACAGGCUGACUACUGUGUGUCCGACGGUGAAGCCCCAGACCCAGGGCCUGGCUAAGGACGCCUGGGAGAUCCCGCGGGACUCCCUGCGGCUGGAGGUGAAGCUGGGCCAGGGCUGCUUCGGGGAGGUGUGGAUGGGCUGCUGGAACGGCACGACCAAGGUGGCCAUAAAGACCCUGAAGACGGGCACCAUGUCGCCGGAGGCCUUCCUGCAGGAGGCCCAGAUCAUGAAGAAGCUGCGGCACGACAAGCUGGUGCCCCUCUACGCCGUGGUGUCAGAAGAGCCCAUCUACAUCGUCACCGAGUACAUGGCAAAAGGCAGUCUGCUGGACUUCUUGAAGGAGGGAGAUGGGAAAUAUCUCAAGCUGCCUCAGCUGGUGGACAUGGCAGCACAGAUCGCAGACGGCAUGGCUUUCAUUGAGAGGAUGAACUACAUCCACAGAGACCUGAGGGCAGCUAAUAUCCUCGUCGGGGACAACCUUGUGUGCAAGAUUGCCGACUUUGGCCUGGCCAGACUGAUCGAAGACAACGAGUACACAGCCAGACAAGGAGCCAAGUUCCCCAUCAAGUGGACAGCCCCUGAGGCCGCCCUGUAUGGCCGCUUCACCAUCAAGUCAGACGUCUGGUCCUUCGGCAUCCUGCUGACAGAGCUUGUGACCAAGGGCAGAGUGCCAUACCCAGGCAUGGUGAACCGGGAGGUUCUGGAGCAGGUGGAGCGCGGCUACCGGAUGCCCUGCCCCGCGGGCUGCCCCGACUCCCUGCACGAGAUGAUGAGGAUCUGCUGGAAGAAGGAGGCGGACGAGCGGCCCACCUUCGAGUACCUCCAGUCCUUCCUGGAGGACUACUUCACGGCCACCGAGCCGCAGUACCAGCCCGGGGACAACCUGUAAGAGAGCUCGGGCACAGGGCCGCCCCACCACCACCACACCGCCAUGGAGCAGAGGAGAGAGGCUGGGCGCAGAGCUUCUAGAGACGGGUAGCGUGAGCUGUGAACCAGGGUCCCAAACCACUGAGACACUGUGGUACGUCUCCUCCUUCAGAGAACCCCCCCCCCCCAGAGAACCCCCUCCCACCCCAGCCCUGAACCCCCAAUCCCCACAAACUCAGAUCCUUGAAAUUGGGAGAUUUUUUUUUUUUUUAGUUUUUGUUUUUGUUUCAUGUGGAUAAAAUCAUUGUGAUGGGUGUCCUUGUACUCCAACCUUAGUAGAGUUAGGGUCUGUGGCACCCGUUCCCUCUUUUCAUUGCAAAUUUGGACAAUGUGAGGAUAAGUAUGUUUUUGAAGAGAGCAAGCCCUGUGUCUGAUGAUCUUUGACCAGGCUACUCCCUGCCCCAUGUAGUACUAGGCAGCGAAGUGUGUGGGUACGAUCACCAGUCUGCAGCACACCGGAGGAGGGCAUACGAAACAGAAACGCAAUGGCUGGUUCACAAUUGCACAAAAGUAUAUUUACUUUUUAUGAAACUUAAUUUCUCUUAUUUCUGUUUUUUUUUUUAUUCUCCAGAACACUAAAAAUCUUUUUUUUUUUAAUGAAUGCUCAAAAUGACAGACUGAGGAUAAUAUCAGUGCGUAGUCAUUUCAGUUGAUUCGAUUUGUUUUCUCCCUUUCUCUUUUGUUUAGUGUCAAUAGUGAGUUUUAUCAAGUGACCAAUAACUGUGGUAGAUCAUGGGAGAUGUCCUGCGACUGAUGUGAUGUGUGGAGUGAAAUAAUGGACAAGAGAGACAAACAUGAAGUGUUGAGUGAAAGGAACAAGUGGGGACGGUAGCCAUUUUGAAUGUAUUCUAAAUAAACUGUGGGAAAUGGGUUUUUUGAGAGAAUAUGGAUUUGAUUUUUUAAAAGGGUGAUCAGUGGGGUAGAAGUGCAGAGAUUUAGUCUCGCUUGUCUAUGUUUUGGCUUUUUCUACACUGGUGGAAAAUAAUGAGUGGAUUUUUAAGGAAAAAAAAGCUGUAGUAGUUUUUUUUUUUUUUUUCUCAGAUUUAAAAAAAAUAUAUAUUGAUGAAUUUUAUGACAACUUGAAUCAUAUCUCAUAGAGGAGCUGUAUUUUGAGGGAAGUGCAGAACAUUUGUUUAAAAACGCUAAAGUAUCGUUGCCAUUUUGUUUAGGAAUAAUUGUAAUCUGCAGCUAAUAUUUCCAGUUACAUCUGAUUUAAACUGAUUUACAUGUGAUUGACCACUGAGGACUGAAUAGCAUAAUAGGAAGAAAGCGACAUGAAAGAAGCCUGGUCCUUCUGCAUUUCACUGCAUCUUUGUGAUGCUUUCAUGGCCGUCCACACAACAUCCUGUGUGGAGCUCGGCGUGACACAUCCUCCACUUCACACACUACACCAUAGAAAGUCCAUCAAUAUCAAUUGGCACUGGAUCGACCAAUGGACCACUACCUCCAUCUUCUCACACAGAGCUUCACGGCCGAGGGCCGUUUGUCAUGGAUUUUUCAAUGAUUUUCAAUCAUUUCUAUGAACUGUGUUUUCAAUGUAUGGAAUUUGCCAAAAGUAAAUGAUUUUUAAAUGUGGUCUUUCUGGUCUGAAGGAUGGUGAUUAGUAUAGCGUCAGACCUGAAGUCGCCCUUCAGUGUUGAGGAGAGUGAAGGUCAGCUCCAUGCCCCAGUGCUGUUAUUGGUCCAUUGGGUUGACCUUUCAACUCCGCUUAAAGAUUCAGUCACACACACCAUUUGCACUCCCACUUAAAGUUGGUCUGUGUCACUUAGAUGGGUAUUUCAGUGUGGUUUAUUGGUCGUAAAACAAGCGCAGAUAUCAUGGUAGAACACUGUCAACCGCCAAAUGCUUAUCCACCCACAUUCCACCCUGAUUUCAUUGCCAUCAUCAGCAAAUCGAACGAGCCACGUCAUACAGAGUGUGACCACCACCAGAACAGUGUUCUACAUUGCUGACGGCUUAAUGGCAGUUUUUUUUUUUUUAAUAACAGAAAAUGGCUCGCCCAUUGUGAAAUGUAAUCUGUGACUAGGUUGGAAGAAGGUCCUAAGUAAGUGUUGGCUUCCCUGAUGUCAAAUGUAUUCCUUGGUUUGUGUGUAAUGCUGUGGUACGUUCUCAAGGUGGAGGAGACCCAUCUUGUGUUCAGCUCCUGUGUCUGUGCACUGUACGUCCUGUUGAGGUGGAGAUGUGUGUGGGUUGCCCAAAAAAAGAGCAAGGAUGGAUUCCUGUGGAUGUUCACUACCUGUACCUGGAACAUGUGUUGUGCCGUAGUCUUUCUAGACAGAACCCUUGAUGCCUAUGGGAGAAGCAAUGGGCAGGUCUCACUGUUUUAUGGUCAAAUGAACCCAAUUUUCCACUUUUCCUACGGAGAGAGGCUUUGAUUUUUUUUUUUUGUUUUUUUUUGUCUGACUGUACUGUGACACUUUAGUCUUCGGAGGGGUUUGCAAUGUCAUCUUUGUAGAGAACCAUACAUCAGCCCCCUUUCUUGUAGCGCCACCUCGUUACUCCCCAGACAUUAACCCAUUUUCAAAAGGGCUAUUGUGUGAAAUUCUGUUUUUUUUUUUUGUUUUUUUUUAGGCUUGGAGGUUAAGAUGACUACACUGACUAAUCUGAAGAAAUUGUACAGUGACAAAUAAUAAACUUUUAUGUAAUGCUUUUACCUG